AUGACUUCUGGGAGAAAGGUUUAUGUUGAUGUGUCUUUGUUCAACUUUGACCAUUUUCAAAUAUUGCGGGCUAUUGGGAAAGGGAGUUUUGGAAAGGUGUGCAUUGUACAGAAGAGAGACACCAAGAAAAUGUAUGCCAUGAAAUACAUGAAUAAACAGAAGUGUAUUGAGAGAGAUGAAGUUCGAAACGUUUUUCGGGAGCUACAGAUAAUGCAAGGGCUGGAGCAUCCCUUCCUAGUCAACCUGUGGUAUUCCUUUCAAGAUGAAGAAGACAUGUUCAUGGUGGUUGAUCUAUUGCUUGGAGGAGACCUGCGGUACCAUUUGCAGCAAAACGUCCACUUUAAUGAAGGAACCGUCAAACUGUACAUCUGUGAGCUGGCACUUUCCUUGGAUUAUUUGCAGAGAUACCACAUCAUUCACAGGGAUAUCAAACCUGACAACAUAUUACUGGAUGAGCAUGGGCAUGUUCAUAUCACUGACUUUAACAUUGCAACCAUAGUGAAAGGCUCAGAAAAGGCUUCUUCUAUGGCUGGCACAAAGCCCUAUAUGGCUCCAGAAGUGUUCCAGGCUUUUAUGGAUGGAGGCCCAGGAUAUUCAUACCCUGUUGACUGGUGGUCUCUAGGAAUUACAGCAUAUGAAUUGCUGAGGGGUUGGCGGCCAUAUGAAAUUCAUUCAGCCACCCCUAUUGAUGAGAUACUCAACAUGUUCAAGAUAGAAAGAGUUCACUACUCGUCUACAUGGUGCAAGGGCAUGAUAGCAUUACUAAAAAAGCUCCUCACCAAGGAUCCAGAGUGCCGUCUUUCAAGUCUUGCAGACAUCCAAAGCUCUCCAUACUUAGCUGAUGUCAACUGGGAUGCUGUUCUGGAGAAAGCUGUGACCCCAGGCUUUGUUCCUAAUAAAGGAAGACUGAACUGUGAUCCAACAUUUGAACUUGAAGAAAUGAUCUUGGAGUCCAAGCCCCUCCACAAAAAGAAAAAGCGACUUGCCAAAAACAAAUCCAAGGAAGGAACUAAGGAAAGCUGCCCCCUGAACGUACACCUGCAGCAGUGCUUGGAAACCGUUAGGAAAGAAUUCAUCAUAUUCAACAGAGAGAAACUAAGAAGGCAGCAAGAUCAAAGUGGACAGACUUCUAGCACAGACAGCAGAUCAUCCCUGCAGAGCCACGGGAAGCUUCAAGAUGGACGCAACAACAACUUGCUUGGACAUGGCUGCACAAGAGGCUGCAGCAGCUAGUGAGCUACAGCUCCACAUCAGCUUUCAUCUGGGGGUGAGGAAGGGCCUCUCCCACACGCCUUCACACUUGCCCCUUGGAUCCCAGGCAGUCAGUCCUUCUGCAGGAUCCCCAGCUGAGGGCAGACCCACAGAGAAACCGGCUGAGAACUUCCAUCAAAGACUCUGUUCUUCUGACUCUGCCACUGGAAUAAAGCAACCAUCAGCAACAAAAUACAGUUUUAUAAGUAAGUUUGACUUUCCUUUUCAAAAUCCUGGAAGAAAACUUGAAAUAAUUCACUAGGCAGCCUCUCAAAUAUUGCCAUGUUUCUGGCUGCUUGCAAGAAACAAGUUGCACUGGGGGCAGCUUUAUCUUUAAGGCUUUACGCUGUCCUCUCCGUCUCAAUUAAUUAAAAUGAUCCAAUAUUGAAUUUCCUGAAACUGCUAGACACAGCUGUUUCUGAACAUCUGCUGUUGAGUUUAUAACAGAUGUACAUGAUGUAAAUACAUGGUUGUAGUGUCAAAUAGGAUAAACACUGAAUAAUUUCAUUUAACUACCAGAAGGCCAUUGGAAAUGUUGCACCGUGAAUGUCUUCAUUUUGUUCUUUAACUUCAUGCACUAUGCUUCGUAGUAAGAGAUGUGACUCAGGUCAAGUCAAAGUAUUGCUAGUGACUUUUGUGGAUGCAGGAUCAGACACAUCAGCAGUGUUUCAUAAAUAUGACAAAGACAGACCUUUAUACGCUGACUGAGCCAGAGCUGAAAAACAGCUAGGUAAGGAGAGCUAAAAACAUUAUGAAUUUGCUCAGAUCCAUAGUUAGGUGUUAUAAAAUGUGAAGAAAUCUGUUUCUGGAUCUAUUCUGGAUAAGAACUGUCUUAGGUAGAAAGAAACAUUCUUUAUCCUUUGGUAUUGAUUAUGUGAAAUCUCUUUUUUUUUAUUAAGAAAGAGCAUCCACAAUUCCAUACAUUUAAUACAUUUAUGGUAUUUCACAACGUGUACACCAACAUUUUGAUAAUAA